GUUUGGGCAUGCGUGACUCCUCGCGCCGACAGUAAACUAACGAAAACUUGUUGAUGCAAAUGAGGGAUAAACAAUUGAUGCUUUGAUGAAUAAGAUAUCCACCUUGUCGGAAUGAAGUGUGGUUCCUGCUUCAACUACACAUAACGGAACCUCAUUUGAUUAAUGGAUGUGCUGAAGGUAACGCGCACCUGUCAAUAAUCGUCUUCAGAAAGUCCAUAUUUUUGUGAAGUUACCGUGUCAACGAUGAAAGCCUUUUUGAAAGGAAGUGACAAUACAGUGUUUCCACUGUCACCAAAAGUGACAACACUUGGACGUGAAGGAUGUGACAUUCAACUACAGACUUCAGGUGUUGACCAACAGCAUGCUGUUAUAGAGUAUCAUGAACAGGAGGACGGUUACGUCCUUCAGGACCUCAACACAGCCCAGGGAACCUACGUCAAUGACUGCCGAGUGCAAAACGCCAUAGUGAGGCUCGCACCUGGAGACAUCAUCAAAUUUGGUUAUAGUGGAGUUCCAUUUGAACUGAACGUAGAAAAUCCACCGCCUGCCCGACAGGAGAGACCCGCAGGAUACCAACAGAUAGCGUAUCCACCCGUUCAGCAACGUCCAGCAUGGAGCCAGCCCCUCACCCUCCUCUCUGACAACAUGAACUAUACCCAGGCAGACACCCAGCAGUCUUUAAUGACCCCGGCGAUGGCCCAGGGAAUGGCCCAGGGGAUGACCCAGGGGUCGAUGAACCUCCCUUACCUGUCAACAGGGCCAGCCACCAUCACCAUCCCAUCUGCAGUAUGGACCCCCACGACACAACCAAUGCCUCGUCCUCCUGCCUCGCUCCGUGCUAGGCCCCUUAGCGCAGGGUCAGCCAGGCCUGUCAGUGCAGGGUCAGCUGCGGCCUCAGCCCGCAGGGUCGGAGGAGGGUAUGACAGGGUGCAGACAUUUACUUCUCCAAUACAGUCCCCGGUUACCUCACAGAGAUCUGUUGGUGUAUCCGGAGGGUGGACCAACGGAAUGGAAAGAAGAACAACCCCUCCUGUAUCGGUUCCUAUGGGAGGAACGUCAGAAAUGCUCAGAUUGCAAGAAAAGGAACAGAAAAUAAUGGCCCUCUCAGAUGAAGUGACACGGCUUCGUAUGAUGGAGGCAGAAACAUUUCGUAAAGAUCAGAUGUUACAACAAAUGCAGCAACAGAUCAUGGAGCUCCAGCACCGUGUCGCUACACAGGGGCCUCUCAUCAUGGGGGAAGAUGCUGACUUAUCUCAAAGGGUGGUCGCUCUGGAGCAUGAACUCACUACGAAAAACCAAGAAAUGAACUCGAUGAGGGAACAGUUGACCAAUGUCCAGUUAGAGACGCCCUCUAGUCCUGCCGUUAUGACCGAUGAACUCUCUCUCAAACUUAAAGAAUUAAAUAAUGUGAAAAAUGAGUUGGAGAGAGUUAAGAAGGACAAGGGUAUAACGUCAGGGCUCGUUACCCAGAUGCAGAGAGAUCUGUCGAGUAAAGAUUCCACUAUCAGUAAACUAACGAGGGAGAUUGAGAUGCUGAAAAAGGAAUUACGGGAAAAAGAGGGUUAUGUGAGCACUAUGACUGCCAAGGUCAACAAACUCAAGGACACUGGCAAGUCGACCGAGGAACGGGACGCCCGUGAGAAGGAACUCAUCAGUCUCAGACAGAAGUUCAAGUCGACAGAGAACAAGAUUCAGGAGCAGCAUGACCUCAUCAGCAAACUCAAGGAGGAGCUGGAGAAGACGAAGCUGACCGUGUUUGAGGAGAAACAGAUCCAGAAGAAAACACAGAUCCAGAUGGAUCAGGCCAAAGCAGAGCUUGUGGACGUACAGCGAACAGAGAGGGUGGUCAGAGUGGAUCUUGAACAGGCCUCCAAACGGCUGGAGCGCUUCCGUAACCGAAUCAUUCAGGUCACAUACUCCACGCCGGGCAUCAAAGCUCCGGAGACAGAGAUUGGUGAUGAUGAACUCAUCGAAACUCUUAAGAAGAUUGUCGAUGAAAGGACGUCAUUCUUCCAGAAGGUGAAAGACCUGGAGAUCCAGCUCAAGUCCACAGAUUCUGCCCAGGACAGUUUCAAAAAGACCUCUACAGACCUACGCAAUAAACUCAACAACAUUAUUACACAUCUUAAGACCAAUGGAUUCAAUGUGACUUCACUGAAGCAGGAACUAGACUUGCUCAAUUCAGUCGUGACAUCGGACACGCUAGUUUGGGCUCGUGACAUGUUGGUCGACCUCCUUACAAGUGCGUUGUCAUGGGAACAGACAAUCGAGUCAUCAUUAGAGAAGUGUGGCGUCAACGUCAAAUUAUCCAACGAUGAACCUGGAAAACACAUCCUGUUAUUAUUUGCGAAGUGGGAGUCGUCGCUCAGUGAGAAAGAGAGACUGAUGUCACAGAUCACUCAAGUUGAAACACAGUAUAAAGAAGAACUCGCUCGUAACCGUACAAUGGCAGAAGAGGACGCCGAAAACAGGGUCAGGGACGCCAUCGAAAAGACACGCCUUGGAGGUGAAGAGAAGUUGAAUCGGGCAUUGGAGGAGAUUCGGGCCGUAGAGGAAGAGAAACUCGACAAUGCAGUGAGGGUGGAAAGACAGAGGAUAGAACAGCUAGAACAGAGCCUGGAACAGCUGCAGGAGACAUUUACCAAUCAGCAGGGUGACGUACGAUCCCAAGCUGAAGAGACGAGUCAGAUGAUGAUGCAGCUGGAGGAAUAUACUACGAUGGAGACGUCACUACGGGAACAGAUCGUGGCCCUGGAGACGCAGUGUGCAGAGCUGGAGGAUAAGCAGGCCCACGAGGGUCAGAGACAAGACAAGAAAUACGAACAGGAUAUCCAGUCCUACAAGGAACAGAAUAAACAACAUGGAGUCACCAUCUGCGCCAUGGAGGAUAGACUGGUCAAAAUGACCAAGAGGGCUAAAGAAUAUCAGGAUGAGGUCACAAUGUACAAGAAAACAAUACAUGAACUACGAGGCGAGCUAACAACAUUGAAGAGUAGGCCCGUACCUAAGCCGGUACCGCCUCCCAAACCGAAAGUCAUCAUACAGAAACCAUCCGAAGAUUACGUAGCAAUGGAGAACCUUAUUGUUUUCCUGAGGAAGGAUUCUGUGGAGCUGAAGAGUAAGAUACAGAGCCAGGAAGAUGUGAUACUGGGUUUGAGGCGAGACCUGGCUGGAGCUCACGCUCGCCUGUCAGACAUUACAGGUGAACUGAGCGAGACACAAAAACGUGAGAACGAGAAAAACAAGGAGCUGCUUAUCCACCGUGAGCGAGAACUGACCGACGUCCGACAACAGUUGGCCAAACUCUCAAAGAUCAUAGAUAAACAGAAGGAGGAACUGAAGUCCCUUGAGUGCAACCUAAGUAAAGAGAAAUCUUUCUCCCAGAAGUACAAGUCCAAUCUGACAGAUAAUAUGGACAAGAUCAAGUCCCUGGAAAUAGCUCUAGAGUUGGAAAAGGAGGAACAGAAAAAUCAGCUCACACUUCUGGAUCACGAGGGACGAAUCACGUCCGAGAUGACUGCCCUUGGUGCCCAGUGUCGUGGCGAGAGACACGAGCAGGUGAUAAUGCGACAGAGAGAAGCCCUCGCAGAGCUGAGAUCUCGCAUCAAAAGUCUGGAAGUGUCAAAACCACCAUUGCCAACCCAGGAUCACGCACUACAGCAGGUGAUCAUGCUGAAGAAGGAGCUUGCUGAAAUGAGGGCCAAUCAAGCUCUGUCUGAAGACAAGGUGGCGCUGGGUUCACUGGACCGUGAAGUCAGCCGAGCCCGUGGUCUGCUGGGUAACUCUAAUCCCGAGGCGGACAUGGAGAGAAGCGCCCACAGAGAGACUAUGGACGCCCUGGACAGUAGUGAGAAUACUUAUCUUACAUUGCUGCGAGCAGUGGCUAGCUGUCUUGAGCUGGACAGUGUCGAAGGACUCCGUCCAAUCGGUCAUAUCCCUCGUGAUGAGAGAGAGCGUCUUAUCAUGGAGCGCGAGAAUGCUUGUCAACUUGUAGCAAGUCGCAUCAAAGUGCUGAGAGAGCGUGUUUCUCGAAAGGAUGAAUUAUUGCAAGGAUACGAGAGGGAUCUGGUCAAAAUGAGGCAAUCUCAAGAACUAGCAGACAGGAAAGCAACACAAGUGGAAAAUCUUGUGACCGAUGUAAAAACAAAAGCCGAGGAGACCCAGUAUUUACGAGAAUCUCUUAAUCGUACUCGAGAUCGACUCGACCAGGAGAAGCGCCUGAAUACAGCAAUAAAACAAAGAAAGACUUUCCACCUGGAGAACGAGCGUGCCCACAUCCCCAGUGCACGGUCUGCAACCUACUCUAGUCAUAAUUGUGGAUCUACAGACAUAAUGGGAAAGAAUGCCGCAAAGAAGAGACAACAGAAGGAUGUGAUGAAAAGGAAGAACUACGAGAUCCAUACCCUUAAGUCUGAACUAGUUGGCAAGGAAAAAUCUCUGUGUGAUACGGAGUAUAGACUCGCCACUCUGGAAAAUAGCAUGGGACUUGAAAGACAAGCAGAUAUUGUGGAAAGUUAACAUGAAUAAAACAACUUAAAUAUGGAUACUAGCAGCACCAGAUUUGUAUAGAGACGUCAGGCUCGCAAGGAUUAUAUAUAUAGAUAGCUUCUAGCUAUAGUAGUGCUUAUUGCUAAAGAAGAAAAUCUCAUUUGCAAUACUGCAUAUAGUACACUUCUAUUCUCGGUGAAGGAACUACUUUCUGUAGCGUUCAAUGAUGUAGAAGAGGAGUCUUGCAUCAUCAGUGAUCGACAAGUCGUGAGGACUACUUUCUUAGUGUAAGAGGAAGUGAGCGAGGAGUCUUGUACAAGUCUACAACUAUUUUUCCGUAGCGUAGAUGAUUAAUUUUGAGGAGUCGUAUGUACCUGUGAACAGCUCAUGAGAACUAAUUUUCAUAGCGUUAGAUGAUGUGGGUUAAGAGUCUGAUACCAGUGAACAAUUGUAGAGAACUACUUCCUGUAGCGUAGAUGAGUUAUUUGUGAGGAGUCUUUCAGCAGUGAACAACUCGCGAUGGAGAGAACUACUUUUUGUAGUUUUAGAGGAUUUGGGCAAGGUGUCUUGUACCAUUGAACUCAAGGUCAAGGACAAGUUGUCUCUCAUCUAAAUUAACCAUGGGAUGGUUGUGUGAUAAAAGUUUAAGACAUUUUUGAGGCAUUUUCUCUUAAUCUUAUGAGUAUUAUAUCGUUAUUAAGUAUGAAUCGUUCACAAUGUGCUCUGCAUUGUAAUAAUACACUUUGAGGUUGGAAUAAAAAGGUCAAAGGAUUCAUUCUAGCAUUAAUUCAUUCACCCCUGAAGUUUCAUAAUGAACUAUUCCACCCUUUGAAUUGGAAGAGUUCAAAUGUGUCUUCGUGGGUGAAUGAGUUUAAGUACAUUUUGUAUUAGGAUUAAUUCAACUUGACGAUCUCUAGAAAUGUCACUCCUUGUGUAAAAGAUGAAUGAAAAUAUUUUGAUGGUAAUACAGAAAGAAAUAUGCUUAUCAUUAUAAAUCUUGUUCAUUUUAUGUGAAUCAUAAAUUCUUUUUAACCUUCCUUAAAUGUUAUAUUUUAACAAAACAAGAUCAUAUCAAGAAAUUGAGGACAGAGAAUCAAUAAGUCAGUAUGUUUAAGGUGACUUAUAGUUCAAAUUAUUUUACAAUUAAACGUUUUUGUAUAAAAUUUUGUUUAUGACUAGAACUUCUUUAACAGAAGUUAAGUGUUGAGACAGGGUUGUGAAUUAGCAUAUAUGCUUCAUUUCUACAGCCUGAAAUAUUUUAAGUGGAAGAAAAUUAGGUUUAUAUUAUCAUGUAUAUAAAAUUGAUAUUUAAUAUCGUUAUAAAAUGAUACAAAAGAAAAAUAGUUAUUUAUAAAUUGGAGGUACAGUGUAUUAAGGUUGCUAGUAUUAAGUAUGUAUGUUAUCUUAAUGUGUACAACACUUAAUUCCUCUUAAUGUCAUGUUUCAUUUAUGAAAAGAAAACUCAAUAUAAAAAGAAAUGUGAUAUUAACAGAAACAUUGAUUUUCUGUGAAAAUGACAUCUUUUUAGCAUAAAAAAUUGUGAUAUCUGUGCACAUGUCACUUUUAUUUUUAUUUUUUAUUUUUAUCAAAUACUGCAUGUGAAUCUACCCUUACGACACAACCAAGCUUGUUUUUUCAUCUAUUGUUUUACAUCUAGGAAAGGGGAGAUAAUUAAUACACAAACACAACUCUGAAAGCAAAAGUCACUAUUAUUUUCACAGGUUUAACUUGCACAUGCAAAUUUUGAGAACCUGGCAAAAAUAGGACAUGAUAUUAAGAGAAGUUCAUUUGUGAUCACAUGAUAUUAACAGGAAUGUGGCAUUAAGCAGCAUGACAUUAACAGGAACAGUGUACAACACAAUGGUAAUACUUGCUUUUAUUAUUUUGUUUGCUUGUGCUUUUAUAUGAAUGUGGAUAUUUGUUGUUCGUACGAAAGAAGAAGAUAAUGCAAUCUGCACAAUAUCAAACUAAAACUGCCUCCAGUCACGAAAAACGAAAUAUUGGAUCUUUCCAAUGUGAUUUUUUAUUGUUUUCAAUGGCUUGUUAUACUAACAUAAUCAAAUUUGUAUAUAUUUUAGAAUAUGAACUAAUCAUAAAAUAAUAAAAUGUACAUAAUUAUUUAAUUAAAUUACUUGAUAAAUUAGCAUAUAUCCAGUUCAAGUUUAUAUUUGCAAAUACUGACUAGUCCUACAAAUUGUAGAUGAUUUUUUUAAGUGUAAUUGUAGGCUUGUGUGAAAAUAUAAAUUGUUGAAAUAUAUAUUAGGAAUCUGCGGGAUCUGCUACAGUAAAGAAGCACUAUGAACAUGUUUUAGUUACAUUUAUGUAUACAUGUAUUGCUACUAUUAUGAGACUGUAUCUCCGCUACAAAAAGUUCUGCACCAUAAUUCUAUUUUUAAGUAUCUUAACUCAUUCACCCCUGAAGUUUCAUAAUGAACCAUUCCAACCUUUGAAUUGGAAGAGUUCAAAUGUGUCCUGUGGGAUGACUGAGUCAAUUAUGAGAUAACAGUAAUUUGAACUUUUUUAAUUAAUAGAUGACAAAUCUUUAAAGUCACAAUAAUGAGAGAAUUCGAGAGUGUAAUGUUGCAGAAAUGUAAGGGGGAUAACUCUAAGACAAAUCAUGGAUAUAAAAUGUAAGGUAGCUUACAUCCUUAAGUCAGAAAAAGUUGUGAAAUUCUUACCCUGUCCUCUCUAUCUAUUUAAGAUAAUUUGUUAGACCCAACUAUUUUACCCCCUCUUUCUUUAGUCUUGAAGACUGACCUUGAGGGCAUUUAAUUUAUAAUGGGCAAUUUUCAAAAUUUAUUCAGGUCGUGAAAUACAUCAAUGCAGAAACAAUGUAUAGAUAUAUUUUAAGCUCACUUGAUUUACAUUGAUUACACAAAUUUACCAUUUAUGUAAAUACUUCAGCCAUUUUUGUAUAUCUGGCCACAGAUUUGCUCAAAAUUAUUUGACUGGUGUUCAAAUAAAAGUACUGUGUCGGGUGAUUAUAUCAGAAUAAUAUUGUCAUUUUAAUUUUCAAUUUAUCAUGUUUAAAAAGUAACAAUAUUUUAAUUACUACGCUGUGUCAACAUGUACAUUAGUGACUGUUUCCACAUUAAACCAUUCCUCAGUUCUUAUGAAAUUAGUAGCUUUUAUAUUAUUGCCUUUUAUUAUGGAAACUUGUUUCUAUAAUUCUUUAUGUCUCCCAUAGUUGUUUUUUUUAGACAUUUCAAUCUACCAUUGUUCAAAAGGAAAUUUUGAUUUUCAGUUCAAUAGACUAUUGAAAUCAUUAUACAUUUUAUUUGUAUAGUGAAAUGAAUGGCAGAAUUCUGCAUGUUUCAUUCCGUCCUAAACCCAUUCCGUCCUUAUACCAAAAUUUCUAUUUUGAUGCUUAAUCAUUCUCAUUUCUUUUCAAAGCUUUGAUUUUUACACUGAAAUAUAAAUACAUGUAUAUUAUUACUUAUAAGUAGUUAUACAUUUUUGAAUAUUUUUUUUUACCU